AUGAAGCUCAAAUUUAUUCGUAACGGUACGAUUACAGUCACGGAAUUAGAACCUAGCUUUGAAUUUCAUCAACUUCUUUCUGCGGUUCAGGGCUUGUAUCAUCUCACUGCAGAGGCAGUACUAACAAUGAAAUGGAUCGAUGAUGAAGGUGAUCCUUGCAUGUUAACUAGUGAUGCGGAACUCAAGGAAGCAAUCCGACUUUACCACAUUAAUAAAGAACCCUUCCUUGCUAUUCAUGUCAAAAUGUAUCGUCGCGGUGCCAAGCGUUGGAAUAAGAAGUUUUACCAUCUAAAGGGUCAUAACUUUCUCGCUCGACGCUUUAAUAAAAAUGCAGUGUGCGCCUACUGUGGGGACAGGAUAUGGGGGCUGGGACAGCAGGGCUAUAAGUGCAAUGCUUGCAAACUACUCAUCCACAAGCGUUGUGCCCCUUCUGUCGACUUCCAAUGUGGUGAGGUCCCACCUACCCAUGAAGUUGUGCGACAGCGUCCUGUUACUGUCAGUGGUGCUGGGACUGAUGAAAUGCUUGUAUCUGAUGGAAUUCAAAACAACGCUUUUCUGUUAUCAGGUCGAGAAAUGAAUCGCAGCACCGCUUUAGAGCACAAGAACAGGCAGCUGACCAAGGUUGAAGGGGAUGGUGUGGUGAUUCCUCAGAUUCCCACCAAAUCAGAGCAAGUAGGCUUAGACCACUUUAAACUCCUCCGCGUUAUCGGUCGUGGUAGCUAUGCAAAGGUCUUCCAGGUAGAGUACAAGCCCACAUCCAAGAUCUACGCCAUGAAGGUCAUUAAAAAGGAAAUUAUCACUGAUGAGGAGGAUAUUGACUGGGUGCAAACCGAGAAACAUGUCUUCGAAAUUGCAAGUAAUCAUCCGUUCUUGGUGGGCCUUCACUCCUGUUUCCAGACUCCGAGCCGGCAAGAGGGCAUCUCUGAGACCAACCUCACCUCUACCUUCUGUGGGACUCCGAAUUAUAUCGCACCCGAGAUUCUCCGCAGUGAAAGCUACAGUUUUAGCGUAGACUGGUGGGCUCUGGGUGUACUGAUGUUUGAGAUGGUCUCCGGACGAUCUCCAUGGGAGGGCAUAGGAUCCUCCAACAACCCCGACCAAAAUACCGAAGAAUACCUUUUCCAAGGUACUGUUUACCAUUCUGCUCUGUAUCGAUCAAACAUCUCUUGUUAA